UUCCACACAAGGCCUACAGUCGUUUACAUCGUGGAAGUUCAAAACAGAAAGCAGCACAGAGAGAGAGAGAGAGAGGAGAGAGAAGCGAUGGAUUCAACAGGUAGAAGAAGCGGAGGACUUGUGGAAGGCCUCUACAAGGUCCUGAUGCGCCGGACCUCGGUCUACGCCACUUUCGUCAUCGCCGGUGCUUUCCUCGGAGAACGGGUGGUGGACUAUGGAGUUCAUAAGCUCUGGGAGUACAACAAUGUUGGGAAGCGGUACGAGGACAUUCCAGUUUUGGGACAGAGGCCAACUGAAUGAAGUACCGAUAUUUCUUUUCUCGCCUACAUCCUGGAGUCAAAAUGAAACCUUUUGUAUUGAUCUUUAAAUAAGUAUUACUUUAUUGGAACAGUCUGACCACGAUGAUCUUUCAAAACAUUUAGAUUGUUGGAUCUUCAAGCUUUGGUUUUAUUUGUUUUGAGGCAUGCAAUUUUCAAGUCUCUUUUUUCAAGGAUUCUACAUGCCAUGUACUGAAAGUCAAGUUGAAUCAAGAAGCAUCUUGGUUCACACACACAUGCGUGUUCGUGCACAGAGGGAGAAGGGAUAUUCCUUUCUGGUGAAAUAAUAGUCUGUUUGGAUACCAUGGAAAUGAAAAGAGAACUUUCAUGUUUUGGUCA